AUGCGCCCACAGUCGACAUCGCUCGGCCUAAGGCCAUGCCGUAACCUCCUCACCCCCCGUCGGAUCCCGUGCGGAGCGCGCAGCUUUGUCGCAACAACAGCGAUUCCGCUCCGCCGUAGCAGUAACCGGCCAGUAUUGUCCGCUUCGCAGUCUGCGACAUGCUUCCAACAGCAGAGAUGGAUCACAUUAAAACAUAUCCAACGUAUGAAGGACGGGGAGAAGGAGUGGGCUGGAUUCGCGAAGGAGAUCAAGGCUGGGAACAGGAAGAACUUUGCGCAACACCUGGAGGAGCGAGGCUUAAUUCAUGAUGUUGUCGGUGAGCGGGACUUGUUGCAUAAGGUUUUAACAGAGAAGCGGGCUGGAAUAUACGUUGGAAUCGACCCGACUGCACCCUCAAUGCACGUUGGACACAUGCUUCCUUUCAUGGUUCUGGCCUGGGGAUACGUCUGGGGCUUACCUGUAACCUUCCUACUCGGCGGUGCUACUUCUAGAGUCGGCGACCCAAGCGGGCGUCUCAAGGGCCGAGACGCAGUGCAUUCCUCAAUCCGAAAAGCAAACAUGGCUAGUAUGCACAUGCAAUUGAAGAAAUUAGGCUCGAGCAUUGAGCAGUACGGCAGGAGACAUGGAUACGAGAAGCGCCCGAUGUGGAAGCGGGCGUUGACGAACAACAACACUUGGUGGAACUCGAUGCCUUUCCUUGAAGUGUUGCGAGAUCUUGGCGCUUUCAUGCGACUUGGUCCUAUGCUCGGUAGAGAUACCGUCAAGACGCGAUUGAACCAAGGAGAUGGCAUGUCAUUCGCUGAAUUUUCCUACCCUAUUCUCCAAGCCUGGGAUUGGUGGACGCUGUUCCAAAAAGGCACUCAAAUCCAAGUCGGUGGUGCCGACCAAUAUGGAAACAUCUUGUUUGGCAUGGAGGCUGUUAAGUCUAUCAGCCGUAACACUGCCGACGAACAAAUCCGCAACCCAUUAGAAUCAGAACUAGAUCGGCCUAUCGGUUUCACAACACCGCUAUUGACAGCUCCGUCCGGUGAGAAGUUUGGCAAAUCCGCUGGAAACGCUGUCUGGCUCGAUAAGGACCUGACUUCUACAUUCGAACUUUACCAGUUCUUUGUGCGCACACCUGAUGAUGCUGUCGAACAUUACCUCAAGCUGUUCACUUUCAUCCCCUUGCCUGAAAUCACCACCAUCAUGGAAGAGCAGAACAAGGAUCCAUCCAAGCGCGUUGCGCAACACAAGCUCGCCCAUGAGUUUGUCGAGCUUGUUCAUGGCAAGGUCGAAGCUGAUGCUGUGGCUCUCCAACACCGCCAGCUUUUCCGUCCCCGAUCCUCAACUGCAGAGCCCACUCCUCUUAUGAAGUCAUCAUCUAUCGCCUCUGGCAACCCGCAAUCUCCUACCGCUGGCUUCCAGACUCCUCAAUCUGGGAAUCCAUAUGCCCCCCAAACAAACUGGGCCAACAUGGGCGAUAUCAAGGUCAUCCUUCCAGAAUCCCUUGUUUUCAACCAGCCCUUCAAUAAAAUUCUGUGGUCAGCUGGCCUUGUUUCGUCCAAGAGCGAGGGGCACCGAGUCAUUGUCAACAACGGUGCCAAGGUCGGAAGCCGUCCUGGUGACAGUGGUCCCAUGACGGACCAAUUGUCUUUCACGCCCAUCCGACCAUGGGAGGCAGAGAAAACAAAGGAGUUUGUUCUGAAUGACAACCUUUUAAUGCUAAAAUUGGGCAAGUGGAAGCUCAAGGCUGUUCACAUUGUGACUGAUGAAGAAUUCCGCGCGCAAGGGCUCACAGCUCCUGGAUGGGAGGAGACCGAGUCAAUUGAGCCGACAGAGCCGACCAAGUCGGACUAA